AUGGACUCCUCGUCUGGAAGAAGUCUGACAUCUUUUAGGGGAGAUACCUCCAAUCCUACGACCCUCGAACCACAUGACCCUUCAGCUCUAGACGACGCGCGCUUCAUCCCGAAUGCCUUGGACUUUGCCUACCGAGCGAUCUUGGCCGAAGAUGCCUUGAAACUAUCAGUACCGCCGGUGUUUUCGAAUGCGCAAGCCGUCGACAGCGCUUCAUUCGCCGGCCGAGGCGCCAGCUUCGCCGUGUACCGACGUCGCAUCCCGGCCCAGAAACUCUUGAAGUCGCGUGUAGAAGUUGAUGGCUUCUCGGUUGAGACGGAAGACCGGCGCAAGCUGCCGGACGUAGUCGCCUACAAGGUGGCCGUCAUCGAGUUUUCGGACAAAGGCGAAGCUACUCACACGUCCCGGCACGCUAUAGACGCGGCAAUCAUGGAGCUCUACCUCUCAACGCACCGGCCGAUCCUGCAACACUCGAAUCUCGUCGACUUUCUUGGAUUGGCGUGGGCUACGAAUCCGUUCAAUUCUCUGCAAAAGUUGCCCGUUCUCAUUGUCGAGUUUGCGGAACAUGGAAGCCUCUCGCAACUGCAACAGCGAGAGUUUCUCGGCAUAGAGACCCGGCGGAAGCUCUGCCUUGACGUCUGCAAGGGCCUUCAUAUGCUCCAUUCAUGCGGCAUUGUCCACGGUGACAUCAAGGCAGAGAAUGUCUUGAUCUUUCCAGAUGGGGAGAACAAGUACAGAGCCAAACUGAGUGACUUCGGCUACUCAAUGGUUAUGAAUACUGCAAAGAGCAGUCUCUCAUUAGGAGGAACCCGGCCAUGGAAGGCCCCGGAGGCUAAGACAGCAGUAAACGUAUCAGGCGCGAAACACACGGACAUAUACUCAUUGGCCCUCCUCAUCUGGUGUACGUUUGCGCAUGGCUGCAGCAUCUUCCGGCUCCUCAUGGAUCCCUCCAAGCAAGGCGAAGAUUUCUAUGCGGAAGCAGAGAGAAUGAAAGAAACUGGAGAACUAGUGGCCCAGCUGGAUCUUUCUGCUUGGUACCUGAAAGCCAUUACGGCCUCUCCUUAUGACGACCCCGUUCAUUUCCUCGAUCACGUCCGUUCUCUUUAUCAGCGAAUGCAACAGCUCAUCGCACAGGCCAACGGACAGGUCAAUGAGACUACAUUUGACUUUGAGGAGAUGGAAAAGCUCCUGUGCACCAUUCCCCUUGCGCAAUUCCCUCAGUUGGAGCCGAUGAAACAACAGUUCGUUGCGGGGGUUCAACGUUUUGGUUUUUACAGCGCAAUGCAAAGAGCUGUGACAAUUGGGUUAUCGACUGAGCCAUCCAAAAGGGACCUUGGUCAGAUAAUGGUCUCUCUUGGCCAUAAUGCUAGUGCCGAGUCUGAUCAAGUGUUGAAAUCAAACCUGAACCAACAUACCUUCACAUGGCGUCACUGGACGAAGAUGGACCCCUCGGUUCAGAAAUAUCUAACAACAACAUACAUUCAGAGAAACGAAGAGGAGGCCAAGAUUGGUAUGCCAAACCCGCCUGAGGCUUUCCUUCUCACGGCUCUCUACAUCAAUGGAUACGGUGUAAACAAGGAUACCUCGAGCGCAACCAAUUGGCUCUUCUUAGCUUGGGGAGUGAAACAUCCACUGGCGACGGCGUACGGGUACCGAAUCGGGCGUGCCAUUGGGGUCACAUUUGGUAAGCUAGAUGGAGUCAUCGGAUCGUUAAAGAGAAUGGCCCUGCGUGGUUCAAGAACUGCUCUCGAAGAUCUCGCCAUGGUAUCCAAGGAUGACUACGAAGAAACUAGGAAAACGAUCCGCGACUCCCUCGCGGGCACAGGCGCAAAUCACUUUUUCCAAACAGAAAUGCUUUACGGAUUCACCCACGGAAUGUGGGUCAAGACUUUUGGAAACAUUCCUGUCUUGCUCGAGAACUUCUCUCGAUUGGAUCGCAUCGCGGAUUACACCACUAACAAAAGAGGUGACCGUAUCCUUCACGUGGCCGCAAGUUGUGGUCAAACAGAAGCGAUCGAGGCUCUGCUGGAUCGGUUUCCCACACUUGAGGUUAAUCAACUCAAUGGCCAAGGCGAGACGCCGCUCCUGUGUGCAUGCCGCGCCGGCCAAACUGACACGGUGUUGUGGCUCACCUCGCAUGGAGCAAAGGCAUCGGUAGCAGCACGCAAUGGAGAGUCGCCACUUCACUGGCUCAUAUCCUUCGAUGAUGAAGAGGUGAAAAGAGUUGGUCCGGCACUGAUCCAAGCCGGCGCGGAUGCAAACGUGAAGACGACAACCACCAUUGCCUACCAAGCCGAGUUUCCGGCGUCAUUGGACCUCGAUCGGUUUCAGCAGGGUUACCCUAUCGGAUGGGGAGACUCGUUGGUUCAGGUGUUGGGAACAUCAGAUGGGCUAAUGUAUGAACUAGCAACUCAUUGUGACCGCCCCCAAAUUGUGAAAUUCUUACUGUCCAACACAGCCGAUCCGAGCAUAUGCAACAAAUCGUGGCCUCGCGCAAAUAGUGCUUUGGAAAUUGCCGCGUCGCACCUUCGUUCAGAGUGUCUCGAACUGAUGACCGAAGCCAUCGAGCAAUACAACGUCGAACGAGGCGCAGCAAAACACGGCGGCUUCAUGGUGACGGAACUCCUUGAGCAAGCCGUUCAUGGCAGUUGCCUAUUUGAUAUGAUCCUCCACCAUGGUCCUGAAUAUCAACAAGCGAUGGAAUCAACAUUCAGGUGUCUGCUGUCCAAGGCCAACAGGGUUGCCAACAUUAACGGCUACGGUGGAUUCAACCAAACGCUUCUCUAUCUCGCCGUCUCGCUAGCCCGAGAUGAAUUGGUGGAAUACCUACUGAAGCACGGAGUCGGCGCUAUGAAAGCUGGAGUAGCCCAUGAUGAAGAAGUGCCUCAAUCCCAGGACGUUGGCGCGUUCAGAAUGACCGACAUCAACCGCGCAUGCGGCGUUGAUAUGCGAACCCCUCUACUAGAGGCGGUUCGAUGGAAUCGUCCGGCAAUGGUCAAUCUUCUGCUCGAGCAUGGGGCACUCGCCACCGAAGCUUCUAAGAAUCCAUUCAGCGGACAAUCUUCAACGUGGACUGUUCUCCAUGUCUUGGCGUACGCAGGGCAAAAUGAUGCCCGGCUAGUCCAAGCCCUUCUUGACCACGGCGCCCCCCUCGACGGCCUCCCAGACGAAUUCGACAUAACUGAGUCCCCGCUGCUCAUCACUGUGCAGAACGACUCCUUCCAGCUCGCAGACAGCUUUGUAUCGCAUGGCGCCGACAUCAACUUCACCACCCUGGGCAGCGGCCACCUGGCCUUGACAAAUCCUACAACCAUCCUCGGCCAUGUUAUCGCCUCCAACUCGCGGAAUUCAAUCGCACGUCUCCGCUAUCUCCUUGAUAGCGCAUCGACGCGAGACAACCUGAAUUUCAUCGUGGAGCCAACUCGGCAGUGGACGGCGCUUCACCGCGCCGCAGCUGCUCAUGCCGACGCCGAGUUUCGUGGAACGGAUGCGACCGAGGCGGCUGAACUGGACUGGACGGACAUCGAUUGGGGUGCAAAUCGCGAGAUUUUGAAUGAGUUGCUUAGACGCUUCAACAAUCCAGAGCAGCUUGACGCCACUGAGCAGAGCAUGGGACUAACGGCGAUGCACCUGGCGGUUAUGUCGGGGAAUGAGGCUGCAGUGAGGUUGCUUCUUGAUCAUGGUGCCCGUGGCGACGUGCGGAUGGCAGGUGGUCAAGGUGCGACAGCCGCCGAUAUGGCACUUGGAAUACAAAUGGGCAGGUUGUCUAUGAACGAAGAGGGUACCCAGCCAAGUAGGGAGGAGGUGGCGGCUCGGAAGAAGUGUAGUGAUCUUCUGAACCCGUCAGCCCGGUCUGCAGCAUGA